AUGGCCGACGAGGGCGGCGGCGCCGAAGCUUGCGAUGAACUCGAUGGACAGCGGAGAGCGGACGGCUGGGUGCAGUCUGGCGGGCAUAGAACCGCGACGUUCAACGGCCAGGAUGCAGAACAAAGUAGCCGCUGGUCUCUGCUGUUCAAGCCUUCAAGGGUGGCUUCCCGUCCAUGCCGCGCCGCGCCGCCGCCUUGCUUGCCUCCUCCCUCCACCCUCCCACCGCACCGGCGGCCGCCGCCCCGGCGUUUCAUGUCCAGGCUCCUGCCCCGCAUCACCGCUCUCCCCAGCCGCCGCCGCAGCCACAACCCGGUCUCCCCCGCCCUCGCGGCGUCGCUCGCGCAGGUCCUCGCCACCCGCUCCACCAACCCGGCCUGGGUGCGCUCCCUCGCCGCGCUCCUCCCGUCCCCUCUCUCCGACGGCCGUCUCGCCGACGCCGUCGAGUCCCUGCCCGACCCCGACCUCGCCCUCGCGCUCCUCUCGUGGUCGCCCACGCUCCAGGACAUGUCCCACGCGGGCGUCGCGCCCACGCGCGCCUGCCUCGGCGCGCUCGUGGCCGCCUACGCCGACGCCGGGAUGGAAGCGAAGGCCGCCGAGACGUGCGCGCGCGUCAGAGCACAGCACGGAACGCUCCCUGCGGCGCCCCACGCUAACCGCCUCCUCAGGCUCCUUGUGGAGAGGCGGCGGUGGAAGGACGCCCGCAAGCUGUAUGACGAAAUGCUUGCCGAGGAAGGCGGCGCGGAUGACUACAGCACGUGCGUCAUGGUCAGGGGCCUGUGCCUGGAAGGGCGGGUCGAGAAGGGGUUGAAGUUGAUCGAGGCGAGGUGGGGGGCCGGGUGCGUGCCGCAUACCGUGUUCUAUAAUGUCUUGAUUGAUGGGUAUUGUCGGCGCGGGGACAUGGGCAGGGCGCUGUUGCUCUUGGGUGAGAUGGAGACCAAGGCGUUACUGCCAACCGUGGUAACGUAUGGGACUCUUAUGAGCUGGCUCGGGAGGAAGGGUGACCUGGAGAAGAUUACAUGUUUGCUUUCGGAGAUGCGAGAAAGAAGGUUGUCGCCCAAUGUCCAGAUUUAUAACAGUGUCAUUGAUGCCUUAUGCAAAUGCCGGUCUGCAGCUCAGGCGAUGGCGGUCUUGAAGCAGAUGUUUGCAAGUGGCUGCGACCCAGAUGUCGUCACUUUUAAUACCUUGAUAUCUGGAUUGUGCCGGGAAGGCCGUGUUCUAGAAGCUGAGCGUCUUCUGAGGGAGGCCAUUAAGAGGGAUGUGAACCCAAAUCUAUUUACCUAUACUUCACUGAUUCAUGGCUUCUGCGCUAGAGGAGAUGUGAUGGCUGCAUCCAGUUUGCUUGUGGAAAUGAUGGAAAGAGGGCAUACUCCUGACGUCGUCACAUUUGGUGCCCUGAUUCAUGGUCUUGUUGUUGCUGGGCAAGUCAGCGAGGCCUUGCUUGUCCGUGAGAAGAUGACAGCGAGACAGCUUAUUCCUGAUGUUAACAUAUACAAUGUAUUGAUUAGUGGCCUAUGCAAGAAAAAGAUGCUUCCUGCAGCUAGGAACCUUCUCGCAGAGAUGCUCGAGCAAAAUAUCCACCCUGAUAAGUUUGUCUACACCACAUUGAUCGAUGGGUUCAUUAGGGGUGAGAGUCUUGGUGAGGCAAGGAAAAUAUUCGAAUUCAUGGAACAAAAGGGUGUCCACCCUGACGUUGUUGGAUAUAAUGCUAUGAUAAAAGGAUACUGCCAGUUUGGAAUGAUGAAUGAGGCUAUUCUAUGCAUGAACAGCAUGAGAAAGGUUGGGUGUAUUCCAGAUGAGUUUACAUAUACUACACUCAUCACUGGCUAUGGUAAACAAGGUAAUAUCAUUGGAGCUCUAAGGUUAUUGUGUGAUAUGAUGAAACGGAGAUGCCGACCAAAUGUUGUUACCUACUCGUCACUAAUAAAUGGAUACUGCAAGCUAGGUGAUACAUAUGCCGCAGAAGGUCUAUUCGCAAACAUGCAAUCUGAUGGCCUGUUUCCAAAUGUGAUAACUUAUACCAUUCUAAUUGGCAGCCUGUUUAAAAAGGAUGAAGUGAUCAAAGCUGAUGUGUAUUUCGAACACAUGUUGCUUAAUCGGUGUUCUCCUAGCGAUAUCACACUGCAUUGCUUAGUUACUGGUCUCACUAACAGUAUGGCUUGUAUCAUCAGUCCAAACUGCAGUAGUACAGUUAAGAUGCAUGACAAACAUGCUCUUUUGGACAUAUUCAAGGGUUUGGUUAAUGACAAAUGGGAUCCAAGAAAUUCAGCUUACAAUUCUAUUAUCUUUAGCAUGUGCAGACAUAAUAUGCUUGGAAAGGCAUUGGACAUAAUAGAAAAGAUGGCAAACAAAGGCUACUCACCAGAUUCUGUCACUUUCAUUUCACUUCUGUAUGGAUUUUGUUCUGUUGGCAAAUCAAAGGAUUGGAGGAGCAUCCUUCCGAAUGAAUUUCGGCGAGAUCAACUUGAGAUAGCCUCGAGGACAUUCCCGCCAGCACUUGAAGUUGGUAAUGAUAUUAGCAUGACUAGAUCUCCAGUAGAAAUGGUCUCCCUGAAGGUCAUGAUCUUGGUAUCACCUUUUCAUUUUUCUGUAGAGCCUAUGCUCAGGUUUACAGAGCAUAUUAUUCCUGAUAUCUACCUACACUGGGAGGAGCUUUAUGGACUUGCUUUGGCUGCUGGAAUUUGGUGUACACAAACACUCGACAGCGGUAAGAGUGUCCUGAAGCUGGCUGGUCUUCCAAGGGCCUACUGA